AUGGGUGGGCGUACCUCAGCACUGGGUACUCUAGCGCUGAUCAGCUGGCAUGUUUACCUCCUGUUGGCAGCCGCAUCAGCCUACUACAGCCAUCACCAUCACGGAGCCCCAGCAGGGCGCCAAGCUCGACUUCAGCGGCAGCAACACCAUCUCCUGGACCUCGUGGACACCGACCCCGUCUCCUUCGAGAUCGUCCUCGUGUCGCCAAACAACUCCACGAUCGCUCAGUCUGUCAUCACAGACUCCGUCAACACGGCGGAGAACAAGUACACCUUCUCGAACUUCGUCGCCCCCGUUGGCGAUAACUACCAGUUCAACUUCAUCGGCAACGUCGGCACGAACAAUGGCAUCAUCAGUCAGUCUCAGUCGUUCGCUGUGACCAAAUCUGGGGUUGCAUCCACUACUACAUCUGCAGCUGGCUCAACUGCCACUGGCACUGGGGCCGCAGCAAGUGCUUCCUCUUCUGAUACCAGCUCAGCGAGCGCUUUUGGCGUGACCUUCGGCAUUGCUGGGCCCGUUGUCGUUGCCCUCAGCAUGCUGCUGUAG